CUGCCAAGAGGCUGCGUUGGACAGCGGGGUCGCCAAGGGGACCCUGCAGCCAGGGGAAGGGUGACAAUCCCUCCCCCAGCGGGACGGAGGCGGCCGUGGGAGCCCCUCGGUGGCAGGAUGGGCGCUGGGAGGGGAGCAGAUCCAUGAAGAUCCUCAGAGCUGGGGCUCAGGAGCGAAGCUGCCCCGGCUGAGGCGGAUCCAGGAGCGGGAUCGUGGCCGGGAGAGCCCCGCCAGGGCCGGGCAGUGCCGUGGGCUCCCGCAGGACCUGGAUGCUGGAGGAUGACGCCGUGUGGGGUUGGUGGCCGGGCAGUGCUGGCACUGAUGACCCUGUCCCUCAGCUUCGCCACCGAGGAGCUGCUGUGCGCCUGCGAUGUGCCCCACUGCAGCCAGCCCAACUGCACGGGCAAGGUGUGCUUCAUCAGCAAGAGGAGGGAGGAGGGCACCAUCACCCAGCACCGCGGCUGCUUCUCCCAGAACAUUCUGGAGCACUGCCACGCGUCCGUCACGGAGCAGUACGGCAUGAGGUGCUGCAACUUCCACAUGUGCAACGCCCAGCUGGAGAUCUUCCUGCAAGGAGAAGAUGCCCCGGUAGAGACACCUUCCCUACCCAGCCUCCUCCUGAUGAUCUUCGUGCCACUGCUCUCCCUCCUCAUCCUCGCGGCGCUCACGGCACUCUUCUGCUGGAAGGUGGCCCAGCACCGCCACAAGCACAGUGACUUUGGUGACACAGACCUCAUGCUGAAGGCAUCCAUGAUGGGAGACAGCACCUUAGAGGACCUGCUGAACGAUGACUGCACCACGGGCAGUGGUUCAGGGCUGCCUUUCCUUGUCCAGAGGACGGUGGCUCGGCAGAUCACCCUCAUGGAGUGCGUGGGUAAAGGGCGCUACGGCGAGGUGUGGCGAGGCGUGUGGCACGGGGAGAGCGUGGCCGUGAAGAUCUUCUCGUCCCGGGACGAGCAGUCGUGGUUCCGUGAGACAGAGAUCUACAACACCGUCCUCCUCCGGCACGACAACAUCCUGGGUUUCAUCGCCUCUGACAUGACAUCCAGGAACUCCAGCACGCAGCUCUGGCUCAUCACCCACUACCACGAGAACGGCUCCCUCUACGACUACCUGCAGAGGACAGUCCUGGAUGUGGACACCUGCCUGGGCUUGGCCUCCUCCAUCAUCUGUGGCCUCGUCCACCUCCACGUGGAGAUUUUUGGCACGCAAGGCAAACCUGCCAUCGCCCACCGUGACCUGAAAAGCAGGAACAUCCUGGUGAAAAGCAACAGGCAGUGCUGCAUCGCAGACCUGGGGCUGGCCGUCAUGCACUCCCAGGGCAGCGACUACCUGGACAUUGGCAACAACCCCCGGGUGGGCACCAAGCGCUACAUGGCCCCGGAGGUGCUGAGCGAGCAGAUCCGCACCGACUGCUUCGAGUCCUACAAGAAGACAGACAUCUGGGCGUACGGGCUGGUGCUCUGGGAGAUCACCCGGCGCACGGUGGUGAACGGCGUCGUGGAGGAGUACCGGCCGCCCUUCUUCGACGCCGUGCCCAGCGACCCCAGCUUCGAGGACAUGAAGAAGGUGGUGUGUGUGGACCAGCAGACCCCCGUGAUCCCCAACCGCCUCUUCUCCGACUCGGUUCUGUCGGCGCUGGCGAAGGUCAUGAAGGAGUGCUGGUACCAGAACCCCUCGGCCCGUCUCACCGCCCUGCGCAUUAAAAAGACCUUGAAGAAGCUGAGCAAUUCCGUCGAGAAGCCAAAACUGGAGCAGUGAGUGCCGGGAACCGGACACCGGAGCCACUGACGGCUGCACCGGGGACGGGAUGGCUCCGGUCACGGAGGGGAUUUGCUCACAGCUCCUGCCUCUCCCACUCCUCCUUCGAGCCGGUUGAAUUUGCAAGCACGAAAAAAAUAGGGGAGAAAAAAAAAAAAACAACAAAAAAACACCCACCAAAGGAGGAAUCUUCCACCCGGCCAUAAAAAUAUCCCCUGGAUCCGUCAUCCGACACCGGCGCGUCUCGCCGUGCCGCCGGGGAUGGCAGCUGGUCGCCCACCCCGAGUCCACCCCGGAGAGGGGCACGGGUGGCAGAACCAGCCCCUGCUGCACCCCCAGCCCUCGGGGCACCCACCCAGGGCCGGCUCUAGCCGGGCGCGGAGCUGCCCGGGCCUGCCCGCCCGGCGCUGGCAGCGCGGCAGGAAUUCCCCGGCGGAGCCGCGGCGCCCGGCGCGCCUCCCGCUAGAGGAGGGAUGGGUUUUUCUGGGAAAGGAUGGUCCAAGGGCAGCAUCCCCCUGGUUUUUCUGGGAAAGGAUGGUCCAAGGGCAGCAUCCCCCUGGUUUUUCUGGGAAAGGAUGGUCCAAGGGCAGCAUCCCCCUGGUUUUUCCAGAAAAGGAUGGUCCAAGGGCAGCAUCCCCCUGGUUUUUCUGGGAAAGGAUGGUCCAAGGGCAGCAUCCCUCUGUUUUUUUCUAGGAAAGGAUGGUCCAAGGGCAGCAUCCCUCUGUUUUUUUCUGGGAAAGGAUGGUCCAAGGGCAGCAUCCCUCUGGUUUUUCUAGGAAAGGAUUGUCCAAGGGCAGCAUCCCUCUGGUUUUUCUAGGAAAGGAUUGUCCAAGGGCAGCAUCCCUCUGGUUUUUCUAGAUUUUCUGGGAAAGGAUGGUCCAAGGGCAGCACCCUCCUGGUUUUUCUAGGAAAGGAUGGUCCAAGGGCAGCAUCCCUCUGUUUUUUUCUAGGAAAGGAUGGUCCAAGGGCAGCAUCCCUCUGUUUUUUUCUAGGAAAGGAUGGUCCAAGGGCAGCAUCCCUCUGGUUUUUCUAGGAAAGGAUGGUCCAAGGGCAGCAUCCCCCUGGUUUUUCUAGGAAAGGAUGGUCCAAGGGCAGCAUCCCUCUGGUUUUUCUAGAUUUUCUGGGAAAGGAUGGUCCAAGGGCAGCAUCCCUCUGUUUUUUUCUAGAAAAGGAUGGUCCAAGGGCAGCAUCCCUCUGGUUUUUCUGGGAAAGGAUUGUCCAAGGGCAGCAUCCCCUGGAUCCGCACCCUGGAUUGUGGGGAUCCCAAAAACGAGGAGCUGCUGGCAUCCAGUGUGGUGUGAGCGUCAGGAUGGGGGUCCCGUGGUGAUCCUUCCUUGCCAAGCAGGCAGCAUCCCCCUUGCCAAAGAAGUGCCCUCUUGGGUCUUUGCCAAUAUUUUGGUAUUUUCCGAGGUUUUUUUGGCUCGGCCGGCUUCAUCCCACGUUGCUCCUCGCCAUCCCAAAAUCCACCCCAUGCUUGGAGAUGUUUGGACAUGACCAGGAUGGGACGUUCAGCAGAACCAGCUUUGCCACAUAACUAUUUAAUUAUUAAGAUUUAAUAUAUUUAAUAAAGUGUAAAGCUAUUU